AUGGACAAAAAUCAGAUGCUGGUUUAUUUGAAUCAUCAUACUCGAAGGGUGAAGAUGAGAUUUGUGAGGAUGAUGCUGAGAUUGUUGAGGAGGACAUACAAGUUUUCAACAAUGAAAAUUACGAGGAACAUAUUCCGGAUGAAGAUGAAGAAUAUCCCUGCAACUGAUGAUGAAUCUGGUGAUGAAGAACAACAAGCAGAGAGGUUGGUUAGAAGAGAUUUACUUGAUGGUGUGUUCAGCUUGAGGCAAUUGUUCUGUUCUGGGAGUGAUUUUAAGAAGAACAUCAUCAAAUAUAUCUUGAAGACGAGGCAUAAUGUUGUUUAUGCGAGGUGGGAGAAGGAGAAGCUCGAGGCUAAAUGUAAAGGAAAAGGGUGUCAUUGGGAAAUUUAUUGUUCCGUGGAAAAUCAUAUUGGGAAGUGGAUGGUGAAGCAUUAUUAUAAUGAACAUCUAUGUCAUCCAACAGGAAGGUGUGAGCUUAUAAAGAAUCCUAUAAUUGAUGAUCUCUUCUUGGAAGAUAUAAGAAGAGAUCCGGAGAUGAGUGGUUCAGAGAUAAAAUAUGAGAUGAAAAGGAGGUAUAACAUUAUUAUCUCACCAAAUCAGGCUAAAGUUGCUAGAAGACGCAUAUUGGAUAGGCUCCAAGCAGAAUGUGAUGAGCAGUUUUCAAGGUUAAGAGACUAUGAGCUGCAGCUUUGUACAAUGAAUGAUGGUACUACUGUGGAAAUUAAUACAACAACAAGGGAUGAUGGUAGUGAAGCGUUCUCACACAUGUACAUUUGCUUUGAGGCAUUGAGAAGUGCUUGGAAGCAGAACUGCAGACCAAUCAUUGGUCUCGAUGGUACAUUCUUGAAGCACUCUAUGAAAGGGAUUAUGCUUAUUGUCGUUGGAAGGGAUCCAAAUAACCAGAUAUUUCCAAUAGUUUGGGUUGUGGUGGAUUGUGAGAACAAUCCCAAUUGGGAAUGGUUUGUUCGUAAGCUAAAGGAAGACAUGGGCUUGGGGUUAGGUGAGAACAUCACUCUCAUCUCUGACAUGCACAGAGGAUUGAUUCAUAGUGUUGCGACUGAGUUAUAA